GCGGAAGCGGCGGCUGCAGUGGGGAGAGCCGGCGGCGCGCGGAUGCAGGCGGCGCGGCACGUCGUGUGCGCCCUGUCCGGCGGCGUGGACAGCGCCGUGGCCGCACUGCUGCUGAGGCGGAGAGGUUACCAAGUGACAGGGGUGUUCAUGAAGAACUGGGACUUGCUGGAUGAGAGUGGAGUUUGCACUGCUGACAAAGACUGCGAAGAUGCUUACAGAGUUUGCCAAAUCCUAGACAUCCCUUUCCGUCAAGUGUCCUACGUGAAGGAGUAUUGGAAUGAUGUGUUCAGUGAUUUUUUGAAUGAAUAUGAAAAAGGAAGAACUCCCAACCCCGACAUAGUCUGCAACAAGCACAUCAAGUUCAGCUGUUUUUUUAAUUACGCCGUGAAUAAUCUUGGAGCAGAUGCGGUUGCUACAGGUCACUAUGCACGAACUUCCCUGGAAGAUGAAGAGGUUUUCCAGCAGAAGCACAUUAAGAGGCCAGAAGGGCUUUUCAGAAAUCGAUUUGAAAUUAGAAAUGCGGUAAAACUUCUCCAGGCAGCUGACAGCUUUAAAGACCAGACCUUCUUUCUCAGCCAGGUUUCCCAGGAUGCCCUGAGGAGAACCCUCUUCCCUCUGGGGGGAUUAACCAAAGAUUUUGUAAAGAAAAUAGCUGCUGAGAAUAGACUUCAUCAUGUGCUUAAGAAGAAAGAGAGCAUGGGCAUCUGUUUCGUUGGUAAAAGAAAUUUUGAAAAUUUCAUCCUCCAGGUGAGUGUUCUUUGCUGCAAAGGGGUGGAGUCACGUUUCUGCGCUGGACCUGGAUCCAUUAGUAACGAAGCACUUGUUUUCCAGUAUUUACAGCCUCGACCUGGUAAAUUUAUUUCUAUAGAAGACAGUGAAGUUCUGGGAACGCAUAAAGGUUGGUUCCUGUACACUUUGGGCCAGAGAGCCAAGAUAGGGGGCUUACGCGAGCCCUGGUACGUGGUGGAGAAGGACGGCACCAAGGGUGAUGUGCUGGUGGCCCCCCGGACAGACCACCCGGCCCUGUACAGGGACCUGCUGCGGACCGGUCGCGUGCACUGGAUUGCAGAGGAGCCACCCGCAGCCCUGGUCCGAGACAAGAUGAUGGAGUGCCACUUCCGUUUCCGCCACCAGAUGGCGCUAGGAGCCCGAGGCCUGGGGCUGAGCACACUUGGCAAGGCCCGUGCCCUCCUCCAAGGGUCCUUCUCUUCACCCAGUGCCCUGUGUGCUGACCCUCAAUCAAGAUGGCACCGUGUGGGUGACGGCUGUGAAGGCUGUGCGGGGUCUCACCCUGGGACAGUUUGCCGUGUUCUACAAAGGGGACGAGUGCCUGGGCAGUGGGAAAAUCCUGCGCCUGGGGCCGUCCGCCUACACACUGCAGAAGGGCAGGAGCAGAGCCGGAGUGGCCACGGAGGGCUCUGGCGACGGCCACAGCGAUAGCCCAGGCCUGGGUCCCACACGCUGAUGGAGGCUGAGCGGCUGCUCUGCUGCAGAGCUCGCAAGAGGACGUGUUGGGGGCAGGGCCUGGGGCUUGGCUGCUGCUGCCAGAACCUGCCGCCCCGGUCCCGGCCAGGCCAGACAAGGUUCUGAAGGCCUCCAGGGCAGGGGCGGUCCGUCUCCUCCCCUUGCUGGCUGGUGGGUCUGUCCCAGGCACCCCAUUUAGAGAGUUCCUCUUUCACACCCCCAAGAGUGUUUCCCACCAGGAUCACGCAAAGCGGACCAGGGGCGGGGUUGUGUGGGCUGCAGGGACGGCAUCCAAUAAAAGUUCUGUCUGGAAUGUGAACUCUGACGGCGGCCUCCAGUGGGGUAGAGGCCCGGGCACGUGGUCUCAGGGGCUGCACGGCGCUGGCCUGCCCGACCGUGCGGACCCACACGUCAACAGCACGAGACAGCGAUGGAACCCUCACCCUCCUCGCCCCUCCGUUCACAGCUGUGCCCACCACCUGUGGCACAGGACGGACCUGACGGGCCUUGAGCCGAGGCCCAGCCUACAAGGUCACACUCAGUCUGUCUGCUGGGGAGGGGAUCUGGAGCCCACCCUGAGGGGCGCCCCCCCCCCCGUCUGCAUGGCUGCGUCGAGACCACCCCUCCCCUGCAGAGUGCCCAGCACCUGGCCAGCCACUUGAAAGCUGCAGGACCGCAGGGGCCUUCGCCCACGGAGGGAUCAGAGGUGGGAAACUGACUGGAGCACGUGCACGUGUCUGAGUCUGUUUGGGCUGCUGUGACAAAAUUCCGCGGACUGGGUGGCUUAGAGACAGCAGGCGUUCGUUUCUCACAGUUGUGGAGGCUGGCGUCUGAGAUCAGGGUGCCAGCUCAGUUGGAUAAGGGUCCUCUUACGGGUCACCGAUGGCCGUCUUCUCACUGUGUCUUCACAUGGUGGAAGGGGUGAGGACCUUCUGGGAAGGCUUGUAAGCACGCCAGUCCCCCCCAUGAGGGCUCCGCCUCCCAAAGGCCCCACCCCCUAGCGCCGUGACGGCAGACAGCAGGAUUCUAACCUGUGCAUCUCGGGACACAAACACUCGGACCGUUCAGUGCACGUGCGUGUGUGCACAGCUGUGUCUUGUGGGGAGAGGGUGGCUCUGCCUGGCUGAUGAGAAUGCAGACAGACCUUCAGAGCUGGCGUUGGCUGGGGUAUUUUGGUCUCCACGGAGUCCCGGGGUGACCGCUGUCCUCCUGUCAGCGGUUGAAAGGCUGGCUGGACUGGGAGGCGGGAUGUUUGGAGACGCUCAGCUCUGCCUGCCCCUCGUGGGCUCUGUGCUGCGGGAGGAGCUAUCACCCAGCUCAGGCAGGAAACUGGCCUUUCCUAGGAGGGCCCGAGUCUUCAUGCCCCACUGCCACAACUCCCCAGCCCCUGGGCCCAGCCGCCUGCUCUGGGCGCCAGGACAGGUGAACCUCAGGCUCCCUUCCUUUCACUGGCCUUAGACCCAGCACCUUCUUGGUUCUAUAAGCCAGGCUUCUGUGGGGGUUUGAGGUGUGGUUCCCUGUCUCCUGUGUAGAAGGUUCUAGAGCAGAGGCAGCAGAGCCUCUGAUGGGGGAGCUCCUUGGGAGAGACUCUUCCAAGGGCGGGGGGGCAUGCAGAGCUGUGUGCCUCCCUGCCCUCCGAGGCUCAGGAGCCCCUGGUGCUGGGGGCUGAGCUGCAGGGCCAGCUCUGGGUUGAGGCACCCCAAGUCAGAACCCCCCCAGGCCGGUCACACAAGGAGCCCAAAGUGGGUGACGGGCACCUCACCUCCAGUGUGCAGGGCCUGGGAGCCGCAGUGAGGACUGGGUUCCCUUCUGAACAGGAGGGGAGGCCUGGGGAGUGGCUGACGUGGUUGAGCGGAAGAUCACUCAGGCCUGUGUGAGGUUCAGAUGGAGGGGAUGGGGGGCCCAGGUGGGCUGUGGAGGGUUGAACCAGGUGACAGCAGGGACAUGCUGCACUUGGAAAGUCAGACAAAGUGGGUCAGGGAAUGGACACUAAGCCCUUUGUCCUGACGCUGUUGGCUGGGUGUCUCUGCUCACCCUGGUCUGCAAAGCGGGGUGUUGUCCAGAGUGGGAGGGGGUCCAGAUGCCCUUGGUUCUUCAGCGAGUUUGGAUCAGGCUGGGCCCCAUAGCCGGCUUAGUGGGACCCUGCGUUGGGGUGACAAGCUGUGGUGUGGGGGAGCUUCCAGAGCUGCGCCAGCCCCCACUGCACACCCCCACCCAGUGCUGGACGGAAGCGGCCCCAGCUCAGUGGUGUCCAGUCCUAGAGCAGCACGUAGAUGCCCACUCUGCAGUGGGGCCUGUGAGGGGUCAGGGGCACAGGACAUGGACCCUGCCCUGCCAAGUGGGCAGACCGCAUGAGGAGGAGGACGCAUCUCAGGAGGGACUGAGGGUCCCGGCCCGACCUGCACCAAGAGCCCCCAUGUGGCCCGGGGCCUGCGACAACCGAGCAGUGAGAAACGCACAGCUGGUGGGGAGUGAGGGCCGGCACCCAGAGCAGAGCGUCUUCCCCCCACGCCCCCGUGACUGGAGGAAGCCCCAGUCUGAAGAGCUGAGCCCCUCGUGUCCCUCUCCUCCCGCUUCCCAGGCCCUCGCCCUCGGCUCACUCCCACCUGAGGCCCCACCCAGCAGAGCGCCUCCCCAGCUUGGGGAGUGGGCCCAAGCGGCCCACCCUGCCACGUGGCCUCUGAGACGGUUCCUGUGAUCCAGAUGCAGAAGUAGUCCCGGCGAGGUAGAGGGCUUGGGCUGGGCGGCUGCCCCAGCGCAGGUGCAUGCUCCCGCCAGGCUGGACGAGGGAGGCCCUGCUCUGCACGGCCGGAGGCAGACGGCAGCCUGGCACCUGCUCUCCACGUUGUGCUGGGCUGGGGGAGCCAGACAGGCCAGCAGUGCCCCUUGGGGACCCUCUGCCCAGCGUGGCGGCCAGGAUGAGACACUGCCUUUGUUCUGCCUUCUCGAAGGGCAGCGCGGAGCCUCCCUGGGCUCAGGUUCCCUUGAUCUAUUGCUCUGGUGGCUGGGCCCCUCGCCUGGUACAAGGUCUGAACUGUGGACCCGUGGGGGAGCCUCUGCGGUGGGAGGAAGGGCGGCCAGGGGGAGGUCAGCUUGGGCAGGGGCCAGCGGAGGGGAGCCCACCCUUCUAGCCUCUGGACGGCUCUGUCUGUCCUGCCAGCCCAUUGCCAGGCCUCCAGCCAGGAUGACCAGUGGAUGCAAGUGGGAGGAGGGGGCACAAAGCUGCUGCUGCCCCUCGGGGCACCAGGCCUCACCCGUGGCUGGCGCCCUCGGCAUCCUCCUGCCUGGCAGUGCUAUAGUCUCUCUGGGGCACAGCCGCCUCCCGUGCCACUGGGUGGCACUGGAAAGCCUCUGGGCAAUGCCUCAGAUUUAGCUGCAGCUGUUGGCCAGGGGGUGCCUUUGAGCUGAGUUCGUUGGCUGGGACUCUGGCCUCUCCCCACUCCCAGCCCAGCCCAAGCACCUGGGGCCAGCAGACUCCAGGGCAGUACCCUCCAGGGGACCUUCAGAAGACCCGCUCGGGCCGAGACAUGGAUGUGCUUCCCCGCUCCUGCCCCGACGGGCACCUGGCUUCCAGGCCCCCGUCACCCUACACCCGUGAGGGAAGGGCCCAGGGCUGGGUGCCUUCACACACCUCCUCCCGGCUCUUGGUGUGAACCACGCGCUGCCCCCUCUGCCCACAUCGUUUCCAGAGCGUUGCAGUGAGAGCCCAGAGCUGCUCGCCUUCACACCCAGAAGGCUCUAGCCCGAGGCCCUGAGUCGGUGUCAACCCCCUGGGGCUUGUCUUCUGUCCCCUUGGGCUCCAGCUGCCUUAUGUCCAAGUCCCAGGAAGCCUUCCCCACCCUCCGCACCCCCCCGAUCCCCCCACCCUCUCGGGUGUCUUAGCAAACCUCGUCUAGAGGGAGGGGGCCCGGAGCGAGGCUGCAGCUGUGAUGUGAAGGAGCCGUUACACCUGCAGCGGGGUUGGGGGCAGUUUGGAUAUUUUUGUGGCCUGGACGAUGUUUAGACAUUCCGUGUUCACACCUGUGUUUUUGUCUUAAUCCUGGGAGGUCCCAGAGCGGCCGUGUCCGAGGUUGGUGUUGAGUGCAAUUACCUGUGUCCCCGGGAGGACCGCCAGGCCGGACAGGUGCGCCUGCUCCCCUCCGCCGGGGGCUGCGCUCCUUCCCCAGGGCUUUCCCGUUAAGCGCUGCUUCUGGGUCGAGGGAGACGUAUUUGCUCACGGCCACGCCUGAGCGCUGUGCGCGGUGACCGCUAGCAGGUGGACUGCGUUGGAAGCAAAACCUGAAGAAUGGCCUUUGGGGGUGGGGUGUUUGUGGGUGGUUUUUUUUUUUCCUUCCUAGACUUGACCCAAGGCUGGCCCCAUCUCUGGAGCUGUGUGGCCACACUGGGGCAAGGGCUCCAAGAGGCCUGAAAGGAGGGGCCCUGGGGGCUGAACAGUGUGGGGACCACCACUGUUUUUGCUCCCUUAAUUUUCCCCAAAGGUGUCCCAGUUGGGUGGAAGUGUGAGGUGGUGCAGGUGGCUAGAACUCUGGGAGAAACCUGUCUUCCUGGACAGAGGAGCCAAGAAAAGGGGCCCCAGAAGUUGGAGUGUUGAAGGCAAAUCCCAGGGGGGAGACAGCGGCGAGGUGGACCCCAGCUUCCACGUGAGCUGCCAGUGCCACUCGCCCGCAUCGUGGGUGUACGGAACAGACCCCAAACAGCACAUCAGAGGCUCUGUGAGCAGGGCUAUGACAUAAAGUGCCCCGAGUCCCAGACUCGCCGAGCAGCAGGUCUGCAGGGUGGAACCAGGGCAGCACAGCAAAGUCAUGGCUCACAGAAGGUGAGACAGAGCUUGUGGUCUGAAUGUAACUGGGCUGACCGCCUGAUAAAAACAGGCAAGAAGCAACACCUGCUGGGGCUCUCAGCAGGCCCCAGAGUCUCCCAGCGUAACAUCCAAAACAUCCAUCGAGGAUUCAGUUUGAUCCUUGAAAUCAGUCAGCAUUCAAAGAACCAGGAAAAUGCCGAGAGAAAAGAAAACAGAUUCAGCCCCAAGAUGACCCAGAUGUCCAAAUUAUCAAAGAAUUUAAAGCAGCUGUUAUAGUCAUGUUCUGUGAGGUAAACACUUGAAAUUCAUGGAAAACUAGAAGUCUUCAGCAGAGAAAUAAAAAUGAUAUAAAGGAACCAAAUGGAAAUUUUAGAACUUACAGUAUUUGAAGUUAGGAAAAAAAAAAAAUCACUGGAUGGGGCUUAAUACCGGAUAGAGAAAA